GAUCAUUCAAAAUUAAAUCUCCAUUAUCCAACAAGAAAGCCAUAGGAAAAACAAUGGGAGCUUGUAAAAUUUUCAUGUAUGUUGCUCUUUUAGCUAUCACUAGCUAUGUCGCCUUGGGUACGGAUCCGAAUCAACUGCAAGAUUUUUGUGUUGGAGUGAAUGAACCUCUUGAAGGAUUGUUUGUGAAUGGAGUGUUCUGUAAAGAUCCAAUGAGGGUUAGUCCAGAUGAUUUCGUGUUCAAAGGACUAAAUCCAGGAGACACAGACAACAAGCUAGGGUUCGCGGCAACAGUAGUACAAGCAACGAAUUUAGGAGGACUAAACACACUUGGAAUAUCAUUAGCUAGGCUUGAUUUUGCACCAUAUGGUCUUAACCCACCCCAUACUCACCCUCGUGCUACAGAGAUAUUUACGGUGUUGGAAGGAACCUUUUAUGUAGGAUUUGUUACCUCAAAUCCACCUCAAGGACCAAAUAAGCUCUUCACAAAGUUACUUAACAAAGGAGACGUAUUUGUUUUCCCUCAAGGUCUCAUUCAUUUUCAGUUCAAUGUUGGUCACACCCCUGGUUUUGGUAUUUCAGGUUUAAGUAGCCAGAACCCUGGACUUAUUACAAUAGCUAAUGCUGUCUUUGGGUCUGAUCCACCUAUUUCUGUUGAUGUUCUUGCUAAGGGUUUCCAGAUUCAAGAUAAUUUGGUCAAGUAUCUUCAGGAUCAGUUCGGUUCGCCCAAUAACUACUAAAACCAAAUUAACAAAAUGGUUUCAUAAAAUAAAGAUUAUAUGUACGUGUGUGUUCUAUAAUCAUUUCAGUUUCUUGUGUUUUUAAGUUUUAAAGUUGGUAAAACCCUUGUAAUAUUAUGGAAAAUAAUACAAUGUCGAAAGUUUCCUAUUA